AUGACCGAGCACGAUCUUUCAGCCCUGGACGGCCUCCUCGCUGACAUCGACAUCGAAGAGAGAGGCGACGAGGAUCCGCGAGCUGCCAAGCUCCAAGCACUCUUCGAGCAGGCCAAAGCAUCAUACACGGCCAAGAUCGACAUUCCCACCUGGUACAUCGCGUCCACUUCCAGCACCGCUCCCUUCAACAUCGAUACAUUCGCUGUGCCAAAUCCAUCCAAGUUGCUCGCACAGCGCAAAGCUGACCGAACAGGAUCCACAAAUCAGGAGUGGACCGUUAACUACCUCUACACCCAAGGUUAUUUCGAGAAGUGUCUCUCCUACGUGACCUCGUUUGCGCUGUCCAUGGGCAUCGAGUUCCCGUUUGGCGAAAUGGAGCCGGUGAUAGAGUACGAUAGCUCGCAAGUGGCACUCAGGCGGUCGAAGCAGGAGAGGGAGCUGAGCAAGAACUGGGGCAUCAUCAAGGACGUCGUCGAUGCUGGGGUGCGGUCGCUACUCGCCCUGCUGCGAAACGGGUCGACGUCUACGAGGAUAGAGGCAUGGGCGCCGAAUGCGGACGGAAAGACGUUCAGCUGGGACAAGGUCAGACUGGGCACGCUGGCCGGAGGCUUUUUGCCCUUCUGCAUGCGAGAAGUGCGUGUUGGAGCAGGCGACACUCGUUCGGGAUACUCGGGCAUGGUGGUCGCUGCCGAUCAGGGUGGACUCGCAGUGGAUAUGGACAAGCUGAGAGUGCAGAAUUGGACCGUGACGCAUGGCUUGGCCCUCACGGUCGGUGACCUCGCCCUCGAAGUGGGUCUCUACCGCACCGCCAUCGAGGCGCACACUCUCUUCCUUGCCGCUCGAGGUCAGAUGUGGCGCGUGCUCCUUGCUCUGGCCAACGAACUCUCUUGCUAUCUCACCUCUCUCGAGGGUAAAGCGAAAGAGGGGAGUUUGGAAGCGCUCAAAGUGGUCGUCAAGGCCUCGGUCGUGUCGGCGAUGCAAGCCGUUCCACGAUCACGCCGACUCGACAUCGCCAGAUCCGUCCUUGUCGAGCACCGCGUCAUUCCCUCUUCCUGGAUCGACAAGGUCCUCGUUCCAGACCAUGUCGAAGCCAGCCCGUUCCAGAACGAAGACGAUCUGCUGUUCAACGGUCUUCUGCAGCCUGCCGAUGCACAGGCCAAAGAUGGCCCGUCAAUAGUGCCAGAGGAAAUCGGCAUUGCCCUCGUCAAAGUCGUCUUUGCCAAGAAGAGCGGCCUCUUUGCUAUGUACGAGAAGUUCCCGACGUACAUGCGCGAGUACACGCAGCGAUUGGCGGCUGCGGCUGCACCCGAUGCUGCUUGGGAGGGCGACUUUGACGCCGCUGAGGAGGACGACACAGAAAAUGGCCCACGAAGCGUUCGCACACUCUGA